AUGGGUCCCGUGUCGAGGCAAAUCGGCAGCAAGAGGAAGCCAGGUGAUCUCCGCCGCAAGCGGUUAACCCAACUUUUGAACCACGAACGCGAAAAAGUAUCCUCGUACGCGUCUUCAGACAGGCAUCUCGGACCUCCGAUUCCGGUAUUAUGUGGCGCUAGGAGUCUUUCGCCGCUACCAAGUCUCAACUCCAUCAAAAGCGCCAUGUUCGCUGACCUCAAUCUCGAUGUAUCAUUAGAGCCACUUGCUGAGCAAGCGCCACAGCUUUCUCCGCUGAAAAUCACGCGACGGGUGGGUGCAGAUCGGUCAUUUGUUUUAUUGUCUUCACCUGAAUACGGGGCAGCUACAACGGAGCUACUGGAGAUGUCACCACCAAAUACCACCAAAGUGAGCAAGACUUUCCAAGCUAAAACAAACAGUAGUCGUCCGCUGACACAACAGCGUGAUCGAGGCUUCUUCACACCUAUAAAAUCCUCUCGUGAUUCAUUAGUGCGAGAAGCUGUUGUGAACCGUGACGUCGACCAUACGCGUGAUGCAGCACGAAAGAAGUAUGCUCGGCAGCUGGAAAUUACACGAAGACGUGCUACCGUUGGUGCGUCUUCGCAAAGUUUUUUCGACCGUCUUGACUCCAUGCCAGUCCGCGAAGCCAUUCAGUUGUUUGAGGCCCAACGCCAGGCGCUCCUUGAAUUUUCCCUGCUGCAUUUUCGGGGCCACGUAGACGAUGACGAGUUGAAAUUGAUUCAAGAUGACUUGUUGGAAAUGACUGGAAAAAAAAAAGAAAAGGAGCUCCAAACCAGACUCAAGACGAUACAACAGGAAGAGCUGCAAUCUGAACAAAAGAAAAUAUCAUUGCAGCAGUUGAAGAAAUCGCAUCAUGAACAGAUCCAGCGAAACCUUGUCACUGCUAAAGAACAACGCAAACAGCAGCUGGCUGCACGAGAAAAUAUCGUACAGGAGCAGGAGCGUCUUGACAAAAGCUGCGAGGACCGCGAUAGGCAACGGAAGCAUCACAUUGAAACAUACCACGAGAAACUCGCCGAGCAAAUCAAGGAUAACGCUGCUGCUCGAAGCACGUUCAAAUUGGCGGUUCAAGGAUCAAGUCCGUUGUACCGAACGCCGUGGUGGUCAGAUAAGUCUGAGGAACGACUAAAAGGCUUUCAACGUCCCAUGACAGUCCAAGCGCCCACACAGUCGCCAAUUAUCUACAGCAAACAGAGGUGUCGAUGGUAUGACUGA